CUGCUGGGUAUAAAAGUGGUGGAACUGGACUUUUACCACACUCUGGGGUGAAACACCUGAAACACUGAGCACCUGGGAAUCUCCAAAUCUUUACAGAGCAUCUUCAGGAUUGGAGAACACUAGGGUGAGAGGUAUGGGGAGAUCAGCUCAGUCGUGCGAGGUGAUGGUGAUGGUGAUGGUGGUGGUGAUGCUGGUCUGUGGAUGGACUGAUGGAAAGGUGGUGUCUAAGUGUGACCUGAGGUCUCGACUUCAGAAAGCCUUUUUAAGGCAUCCGAGUGACGUCAUCGCUAAAAUGGUCUGCACGGUGGAGUACAUCUCCGUCUUCAAUACCGGUCUUGUGACCACCAAUAACAACGGCCCCCUUGGAUCCUUUAUCGGACCUCAAUAUAACAAAGGAUAUAAUUACCCAAUUCCCGAGGUGAUCGGAGACUAUUUUCCAGAAAACUGGCCAGGGACAGCGGAACCCGAAAACCCUUCGUUUCCUCCAGAGGUUGUGAGUGAUGAUUUGAUUCCUGCAAGACCCUCUCAGAAACCUGCAGUUACUUCGGUUCAGUCUGGAGAAGAACAGGGUUCGGGUGACGAACCACCGUCUGGGAAUGGUUCUGGAAAAGGUUCAAAGAGCCAAACUGGAGGCAAACAUGGAGUUGAUUCGGGAGAAGAGUCAGGUGAAGAUGGUUCUGGAGAAAGUUUAAAGAGCAAAUCUAAAGGCAAACGUGAAGUUGAUUCUGGAGAAGGGUUAGGUGAAGAUAGUAUCCCAUUAUUGGGCAGCACCAACCAGGAAAUAAUUUAUGACUCCUAUGAGGACGUGUUUGGCCACAAACAAAGGGAGGAUUUUGGAGAACCACUAGAGGCCACCACUGCCAUCCCAUUAUUGGGCAGCACCAAUGAGGACAUACAUUAUGACUCCUAUGAGGACCUGUUUGGCCACAAACAAAGGGAGGGUUCUGGAGAAAGUUCAAAGAGCAAAUCUAAAGGCAAACAUGAAGCUGAUUCAGGAGAAGAGUCAGGUGAAGAUGGUUCUGGAUAUCAUUUCAGUGGAGAGGGGUCAGGGAGUUCUGGAGAACCACUAGAGGCCACCACUGCCAUCCCAUUAUUGGGCAUCACCAACCAGGAAAUAAUUUAUGACUCCUAUGAGGACCUGUUUGGCCACAAACAAAGGGAGGAUUCCGGAGAAAGUUCAAAGAGCAAAUCUAAAGGCAAAGGUGAAGCUGAUUCAGGAGAAGAGUCAGGUGAAGAUGGUUCUGGAUAUCAUUUCAGUGAAGAGGGGUCAGGGAGUUCUGGAGAACCACUAGAACCCACCACUGCCAUACCAGAGGGGGACAGCACCAACAACGACUUUUUUCCUGGUGAUACAGAUGAGAUACCAGCUUGGCAACGAAAAUACCCAUAUGAGCCCAGGAACAACGAGGACAUUCAUUAUGAUUCUUACGAGACCAUUUAUGGCCACCCACAAAAAAAGGAUCCCAAUAUGCCAAAUAAUCAUGAAGGCCGACCAUAUACGUACUACAACCACGGGAAUCCAUACAACGGGAAUCACCAAGACUCCAGCCCAAGGAACCUGUAUGGAAUAUUCCAGUUGAGUGAUAACAUGGCUUGCCAGUCCCAGGGGAGACACAGUCUGAAUGCCUGCAGUCUGUAUUGUGAAGAUCUGAUUGACAGCGAUAUCACUGAUGACAUUGAUUGCCUGAUGACCUUGAAAAAUCUAGGGAUGGAUGUGAUGGUCUUGGAGCAGUGCCAGACUAUUGGAGCCUCAGAAUACUUCGCUGAAUGUGAUUAAUUCAGAACAUCUACUACAAAACUACAAUAAUCAGAAUAAAUCACUCUGAUUCUCUUCUUCUACAUCCUUUAAAACAUCAUUAAAUUAUAGUUUUAAACACUAACUAAUCAAAUCAUGUUUAAAAUGUUUAGUUUAUGGUAUUUUGAGAAGACUGAGCUCUGGUUUAAAACCCUCAACCUUGACGUUUUCUCAGAAACCUGAUGAUUCAACAUAUAACUGGAAUUGUGAGCACUGUACUGUGAUGUAGUGAUUGCGUGAGAUACCAGAAAAAUACAUUUAUAAAGGGUUUAAAUAAAGGUUUUACAUGCAAAA